CCGACAGAAUGGCUGCCCAGUGCCGGAGCCCUCGGUGCACGGCGGAGAGGAAGGGAUUCCGGCGGGAACUCGACUCCUGGCGGCACCGGCUCAUCCACUGUGUAGGUUUCGAGAGCAUCUUAGAAGGGCUGUAUGGACCAGGAUUACGUAGAGACCUCAGUUUGUUUGAUGAUUGUGAACCUGAAGAACUAGUCGAUUGGUGUGUAGAUGAUAAAUGUUCAUUAUGUAACCUUCGUAAAGAUAUAGUCACCGAUUGUCCAAUAUCUGAUUCUGCGCAGUCCACACCUACAGAGGAACUGAUAUCUCAGGGCCAGUUCAACACAGAAAAUAUUGAAUGCCAAGCUGAAAAUUACUUAAAUGCACUCUUUCAAAAGAAAGAUCUUCCUCAGAACUGUGAUCCUAACAUUCCACUUGUAGCUCAGGAACUAUUGAAAAAAAUGAUACGUCAGUUUGCAGUUGAAUAUGUUUCAAAAAGUCGAAAGAUUCUUCAAGGAAACCAUGAACCUUUGUCGGACACUCCCAUUACUUUCAAUGGUAUUCAAGUGAAUCAAACAGAAGACUUAUUUCUCGAAGAACAAGAUGGGCCCCUAGACCUCACUGUAACUCGAAUCGAAGAAAAUAAUUUUCAGGAUGAAGGUGUGUUGGACCUCUCUCUAAAAAGCAACUGUAAUGGACAUGAAAAGAAUGGAAAGAUAAAAAAUUCAAGGAAUGGUGUGAUCAAAAUGCCUAUGAUACAAAAACUGGAUAAACCGAUUAACCUACAAAAGAGAAAUGCCUUAGCUGAAGUUUUAGAUUCCCUGUGCCUAUACCACAAGCAACAAAUCCAACUUAUGUUAACAUUCUUAACUGAAGAAAAAAGAUGUUGUACGAGCCUCUGCAAGAACAAUGAGAAAUCACGUGUCACUUUUCAUGAUGCUACAUCACAUAAACUUACCAGACGUGGCAGUUUAAAAAGACAUGCUCCUAACGUGCACAUACCCACUGUUUCUGUUUGUCUCAAGGAUUUACGUCUUACCUGUCCAAGUAUUGUGUUUGGAACUGUUAAACUGGAUGCAAACAAAAAUGGAGCUGUGUGUCUUAAAUCUAGUGAUCCCGUUAAAAACGAUAAAACAAGGCACUCCAGAAAAAAGUCUUCUUGUCUAUUAUGUAGUGACGCACACCUACCUAGCAAAAGACGGAAAACUAAUUUUUCAAGUACUUCAUUACGAUCAGUAAAACAUGAUAGGGCACAUUCUCAAGGGGAAACUGCUAAACACUAUAAAUCUUCUGUUAAACAUGCAGUAAGUAAAGGCUGCAAAAACAUGAUUGAUAUCUCAUCAAAGUCCAAUAACCAUGAAAACUAUAAGGAUAAACUUGAAGUAAGAAAGGACUCUAUUUUGCAAGAUCUUUUUAGUUAUACCACUAAAAGGGAAGUUGCGGCAACAAAGUCCCGUCCACGCAAUCUUUGUGCCACUGAAAAACACUUGAGUGACACACCUCAGUUUAGAAGUUUAGUAAAACAUAUUAUAAGAAAGACCGCAAAAAAUGGCUGCAGUUUCAAAGAGGUGCUAAACCAAUAUGUAAAAAAUUCAAAAGCAAACAUGAUCCAAACAAGAUUUCGCAGACGGCAGGAGAAGGCAUCAGAAUUUAAUUCCUCUGCCCUUUCCUUAACCAGACGGCAAUAUUUACAGGUCAAAAGAGAACUUUGUACCCUAGUGGAAACCCUUUCUAAGAACAAAAUAGCUUUUGAAAAGAAUACCAAAAAAAACACAAACCAAAAAGUCAGCUCCAAUAAAAAACAAGCCAAUGGUGUUUUAGUUGUAGAAAACUGUAAAAGUGGACAGAUAGCUGAUAAACCUCAGAACAAUCUAACAGAACUACCUCACUACCAUAACUUGAAAGUGAAUUCCAUGCAUGUGAACUGCUCAAAAGUUGAUGGUUUACCCAACCACUUACGACUUUCUCCUAUCCAAAAGCAGCCACUUGAGAAAAAGAGUGUAAGAAUCCACACUGGCCCCAAAACUGUUGUUCAAGACUGCACUUCAAAUUGUAGCCAAAGUAAUUCUAGAAAAUCUCAAACUUUUAAUGUGUCACAGGGAGAGUGUUUUGCCCUGAGUUCUAGCCAUGUAUUUUGCAAAUGCACAUUCAAGCACAUCUUGGGGAUGUUUAAGGAUAGCAUGAAUUGUUUUCAAAAUAACGAUAAAAAUAUUCGUUUGAGGAACACACACCUACAUGUUGUUGUUGAACGUCUUAAAGAUUCAGUGUAUUUAACCGGUGGAGAAUUAAACACACCUGCUAUGUGUGAGAAAAAACUAAAACAAAGAUGCAAUUCUAAAAGCACUAAAAAUAAUUCUGUAAUACAAAGCCAUAAAACAAAUAUGACAUGUACAGAGAGAGAAGUCUCAAUGAAGCCACUAAACCUUCUUAAAAAAAAUACAUGUUCAAGUGUGAAUAAAACUAAAGAUAAAACAAAUACCAUCUCUGUGCCUCUGGUUCUAAGUGCCCAAAGUACACUCUCUACACCAGAGUCAAUGGAAACAAGUAUACCACUUACUCCUAAUAGACUUUGUAGUCCAGUAAAGAUCAUGUUUCUUUCCAAUGUAGAUAGUGCUGAGGGAGUAAAAUAUACUUUGAGCCCUGUCUUUAUCUCACCUACUCCAAAGGCAGUUGGCUGCAUUAAUGAUCAAAAACAAGACAAAGAUAGAUCCACUGCUGAUAGUAACCUGUCUUACAAGAGUUUGGAAGAAAAUGACCAGUUUCUCUCAUUGAAAGGAACAAAAUCUGGUGUUUAUAAUCAAUACAAAUGUAUAGGGAAAACCGAUAGAGAGACUCGUUUCCAAAAAAGACCACAAGGAAGGCCCAAAAGAAUAGCUCCUUUAGUUUUGAAGCAGAUCAGAAGCCCUUUGGGGGAAAAAACAACAAAGAUAAAAAGAACACAAAAUAUUAAGCUUGAAGAGCCUAAAAGGAACUUUGCAUUGCGUAGCAGAAAUGAUCGACACACCUCUGAUAUAACAGUGUCUAUUAAAUUUGGGACGUCAACUAUGAAAAGGCGUAUCUCCAGAGUUAAUGCAUCCCCAAAUAGAGAAAUGGUUCAUAAUAAAACACAAUCUUUACCAGAUUUUUCAAAAAUUAAUAUAUCCCCUGUUGGAAAGCUAAUUUCUAACAAAACACAUCUAUUACCACAGUCUGAUAAAAAAGGCUAUAUGUGUAGUUCUGAAAAUGGAAGAACUACAAGAAGUCGUUCUGCACUUUGUCAUUCAAGAUCUUCUGAAACUCUUCAAAAUCCAAGGAGACUGUCACUGCGGAAAAAUACAGUUAAAUGUAGUUCGCCUCAGGAAAGGAUCUUGACCAUACCGAACACUGUUUUACAUCUUCACAAGAGGCAAUUUAAUCCAAAACAGGAUCUUGGAUGGAACAGGAGUGAAACUAGACACAUACUGAGCCAAAGAAAACCUCCUUAUAAGAAGAGAGGUAGACGAUCGUCACCAAGGAAUUCUCAGUUAUUUAGUCAAACCGCAUUGUCUAGCGGGUCAUCAUUGUAUUCCCUGCGUUCUUCUGUGUCUUCUUCUGCCUUGGCUUUUAGUGAUCUCUUACAUCAGAAAUCAGAAAAGCGUAGGCUUAAGACAUUUAAAGUUUGCAAUAAACAUUGCAAAAUUGCGGACAAACAAUCUGAAAUUUCAUCAAGAAAUAAAGUAUGUUUAGAAACUAUUGCAAAUACUGAUGGAAACUUUGACACGUCUGUCGAUUCCAUUUUUCAAACUAACACCGUCCUUAAAUGGUGGUCUUCGUCUACUUCCAAAGAGUCUUUGCUACAAGAUUUAGACCUAAAAUACGAACAGAUAAUAAAUGCAUGGCGAAAUGACAAUGAAAGACAGUCUUCCUCAACCUUGCAACUAUGUGGUCCUCCGGAGAAAAGAUCGCCCGUUCAGAUGUUGUUUGAAAAAAAAUAUAAUAAUAAUGAUAUUUCUGUUUUGUUUAUGCAAACAACAGAGACUAAAUCCCUCUCGAUAUUACCAAAAGCUAACGCUCGAAGCCCUUUAGAACUAAACAAUAAGGUAGGUAAAAGAAGAAAAAAACAUGUUGCUGUAAAUUCUAGCAAAAGAGUAAAGAAUUGCAUGCAGCAAACUUCUCUGGUCAUGCCAAAAGAAAGUCCAAGCAUUUCUAAAUUUGCUCAACCACAAAGCGUCGGAGUAAAAAAUAUAAAUACAAACAAUGAAUUGAAAUGCCAACAAGUGUGGAAUCUAAACCGUUUACAGAUUGUGGAUGGCAAGUCUAAAGAUACAUGUUUAAAAUUUGUAUGCACUAGAGAGAUAUUGGAAGAUGUUGAUGUUACAGUUCCUGAAAUAAAAGAUAAAGAAACUUUUCAGUCACCUGUAACUGCUUUACCUUGUGAUGACGAUGAUGAAUCAUCCAGUGACUUGGAAUGUACUAAUUCAACAACUAGUGUUCCUAGUGAAUUGUUGAAUAUGAAACAAAUGACUAAGCAAACUAAAUCCUAUGCAAGCAAAAAUGCAAAAAAAUUUAAAGGCUGCAAAGUCUUUCUUACAAAACUUAGUGAUGUUGAAACAAAACGUCCAAAGGAAAAUAUUUCCUCAUUGAAAGCCCUAGGUGUGAGCAAUGCUACUGAACUAAAAAAAUGCACUUUAAGAUCCAGUCCUAAUUUCCCUGUUGAUUUUAGCACCGAAUGUAUUGAUCAGGGGAGCAGGUCUGUGACCAAAAGCUUAAGCACUACACUUAAAUCAAAAAACUCUCUUAAUGAGAAACCUGGAAAAAGAAUGGGCUUAAGAAAAUCCACAAGAGCAGUCUUUACCAAAUCUAAUCCUUCAUUUGAAUGGAUAUUAGAAAGAAGAAACGGUGGGAAAAGACUGGGAAGACCAUCUAUAUGCAGAAAAAUAAGCCUCAAGAAAUCUAACCAACUUUCAUCCACUGGUAAGGGGGACAGUGAGUAUUCUAAGUUAAAGUUGGGACCUCUUAAACCAGUUGGAUUUCCUUCAUCUAGGGGGCAUUCGGUCAGGGAUGGAAUGUAUUCAUUGACCCCAAUUCGUAUAUCACAACAUUGAACAAUCACAAAGCUUGAAAGCAAUUCCUUCUGAAAUAUUGAAGAAUUACACACCAAGUGCCUUAACAUACAGUUCGCCACAAGACCAAGAGUCUUCAAUAUAAAGUUUCAGACUGUACAUUGCACUAUUG